CUCAUUCUUUUUAUAUAUACUUCUUUCUUUUUCUCUUUUCUUUUUUUUUACAUUUUAUCCAAGUAGCUUAACUGAUUAUUACAUUUUAAAUAAAGGGGAAAGAAAAAAAAAAAAAGAGAAUGAACUUGAACGAAAAGCUGAGUGAUCAGUCAAACGAUAUUCAAGAUAAAGAAAAACAACAACCUGUUCGACCCCAGCUCAGUUAUCUAAGAACAGCAUGGACUUCAUCAGAAAUAUACAGAGCAACAUUAAAGACACCUGAACCUAACCAACAAGAGGAUCCAUUGACAUCAAGAGAUGAUGCCGCUUUUAAAUUACAACUACCACGCAUUUCAAUAUCUGAAGACACUGACCAGGAUGAGAUUGUUGGACAAGUAUUUCAAAUGAUUCUUGUUGCUAAUGUCUUGUGUUGGUGUGAAUCUAUACUGACCACAAUCAUUGUCCUUUAUACAACAGAUGACUGGUGGAGACAUGCCAUCUUACCUGUCUAUAUUGUAUGGUGGAGUAUCAUGAUACUUGUACUACAACACAAUACGGAAUAUGUAUUCCAAUAUAUCAAUUGGACACAAUCAAGCACAGUCAUCAUGGCUGCUAGUCACUCCGUUAUGCUUCAUAAUCCAUAUUAUGUACUCGCGUUCUUGCCUUGGGUGUCCUUCUUGUUGUACACGUUUGCCAGACGCAUCUUGAUCGCACAUGAAACACGUUCUAAACGACUAAAACAACAUUUACAGUCAGAACAAGAAAAAAUGCAAACCAAGGUAGACGAAACGAUGAACGAGUAUAGGGAUCAUCAAUUGACGUUUAUGAAAACUGUGUCUCAAGAAAUACAAGAUGUUGCCCUUAUGGUCAUCACCACGCUCGAGCAGUUCUCACCUACUGCCAUCCUAUUCAAUACACAUGAGUUGCUAAGUGCAUGCUCUUUGGCGAUACCAACAGCUAGUGUCUUUGCUAUCAAUACAACCAUACGACAAGUAUGUCACGUUAGCUCUCAUUUACACUUACUGUCUCGUCUAGUGUGGCAAGCUUGGCCGCGUACGAAUAGCAAUCUGAUAGACAACACAUUACCUGAGCUUGUGACGAACGAGUUUGAUAUAGGCGAGUUAUUACAAAACAUUGGUGAUGCCAUGGCAGGUGUGGCAGCCAAAUUGGACGUUGAGUUUGUAAUUUAUCACUGUGAGAACAAUCUUCAUCAUACAAUGGUCAUUGGCGAUGAAGGUGCUAUCCGACAUGCAUUAAUCAAUCACCUGCGUAAUAUACUCGAAUGCUGUACUCCUGGUGCUUGCAUUGAGGUUGGACUUAAUGUGGCGGUUAUCACGGAUUCAAACAACUUGAACAUCACCUUCCAGGUCACCCACACAGCUUCACCUGCUAUUCGUAAUACCAGUGCUGCACUAUUACCCAAUGCCAACCUGACCGCGCAGCUCUUAUCUUAUAUCCAUGCGACAACGACCGUCGAGACGCACAAAAACCAAACAAGAUUUGAAUUUACAUUUGAACUUGAAAGCGGGCGUGAAGAAAACCGAAAACUGUUUAUAAGCAAGGAAACUAUGCUACUGAAAAACCAUUAUGCCAACAUUAAAUUUUCCAACGAGCCUAGCCUGAAGGAACUCACCAAGUUUAUUGACAAUUUGAAGGGACUCAAGAUCGUUCUACAUGCGCGCGAAAAGAGCAGUUUUGCCAAACACCUCACAGGCUGUCUGGCGAGCUGGAAUACAGACAUCAGCCAUGUUCCUGUCGUCCAGCGUCCUCAGUUUCAGCAACACGAUGACACAGGAUCAGAAACCGACGUAUCGACCACAUCUUCCACAACAUCCAUCAUGCCACCUCGAAGCAACACCAGUGCGGCGACAACACCUCCUGUACCUUCACCAGCAAUUGAAGAAGAACACAUUCACUCUAUUCCUCCUUCCUUCAUCUUGAUCGAUGACGAUGUUCUCACACUGGAAGGCAAGCUGAACGAAUUCCGUGCUCAGCCACCGGCAUCGGCCAAUGUCUUACAUGUCAAACGACACCAUCAGCACAAGAAAUCCAGUCUGUACCAAAACUUUUUCCACCAAGGCACCACUGCCAUCAUCCAUUUCACCUCGCUUUCCAACUACAAGGCGGUCCGAGAUACCAUCCAGUGCUUCACGUUCUUGCCGAACCGUGAUCCCUUUUCGAUGCCCCGUGUCGUCGUCGUACCCAAACCUGCUGGUCCGCGUCGGUUCUUGACGGCUCUGCAUACCGCAUGGAACAAUGCAGUAGUCGAACCCCACUUUUCAGCCAUUGCCACGUCGCCCUCGAGCCCCGUGCCCCCGAUCGUUUCGUUGUUGGUUCAGAGGGAGCUGGCUGCAAAUAGUCCUAAUUCGAAUUCUGCAGUGACGUCGCCUAGUCAAGAAGGUAAUAAUAGGUCAUCCCCUGGUGCUGCGAAUGAUGCUGCGAGCACGACGACGCGUCGUAGACCCUUGAGUGGCAUAUUCAGUCCACCGAGCGAUAACAACAGUCAUUACUUUGCAGCUCAUCAUCAACAACAACAACAGCAGCAGCAACAGACGGCGAGCUCGCCUCGACGUAAAUCCAAUACGGAUCAGCCUAUGGAUUACUUGACGGCCAAGCCGACUGGAUCUCCCAACAAUCCAAACUUAUCACCGCGUGAAAUCGUGACGAAUGUGGCAGGAGACAUGUGUGAUCAGAAAGCAAGUUCGCCUAAUACAUGCCCUGCAGUGCAAGAACAAAAGGACGACGAGGUCAAGGAAAAAAAGAUGUCGAGGACCAUGUCCAACUUUAAAUUGCACAAGAAAAAGAAGAAAGAUAAAAGAACGCCAUUUGGUAACGUCGUCAGUCCUCCAAUUAACGUGCUGAUUGUAGAAGACAAUAUCAUCAAUCAAGCCAUCUUGUCUGUAUGGAUGAAAAAGCAUCAGAUCAAAUUUUCAGUGGCCAGUAAUGGAUUAGAGGCAGUAGACAAAUGGAAGAGUGGCAAGUUCCAUCUGAUCUUGAUGGACAUUCAGUUACCGGUGAUGAACGGUAUCGAAGCAACCAAGACGAUUCGUUCGAUUGAAAAGGAACAGAGGAUUGGUGUCUUGCCUAUGUCUUCCUCCUUUUUACGUCAGCAACAGGCAGUGGCAGCAGCAGCAGCAAAUACGAUUAUGAAUGAACAACAAGAGGAGGACUUACCGCCGAUGUUGAGCGAAGAGGACAAGCGUGUGACACCUUCCAUAUUCCGGUCACCCGUGAUCAUUGUUGCUCUGACAGCCUCGUCAUUGGAGUCUGACCGUCACGCGGCGCUUGCUGCCGGAUGUAAUGAUUUCUUGACGAAGCCAGUGAGUUUGGAAUGGCUUGAAAAGAAGAUCAUCGAGUGGGGAUGUAUGCAGGCACUGAUCGAUUUCGAAGGGUGGCGACGAUGGAAGAAGACGGCUGAACCGAAAAAACCAAGUACGCCCAAGGUGACGACACCUACCGCGACAGAGGAAAUGGAGGCAGAAAAGAAACGAAUUGAAGAGCUCAGUAAGUCGCCUAAUCGGACGGGUAUCAUGCUUCCUGGUGUGGGUAAUCUGGUAAAAUCCAGAAGACUGUCCUCAGUCGAUCGUCAUACAUUAAAGGCGUCCAAGAGCGAUUCAGAUACACAGUCUGCAAAUCAAGUGCAGUUACGACCUUCGUCGUCAGCAUCCACAGCGUCAUCAAGAUCAAAGAAAGAUUGUGAUGAUGAAGAUAGCAAUUCGUUGAAAAAGGCUAUAAGGUCCAAGGGACAGCAAAUGUCGAUGUAAAUAGUUUUUCACCCCCAAAAAAACCUCUCAGAAAGAUGUACUAAUAAAUAAUAAUCACACAAGUCUCUCCCCCCGGUUUUACACAAUA